CGUAGCUCGACGAAGAGAAAGAAGAGGGCCAUCAUGGCUUCCCCGUGUUCAUAGUCAACCGACGGAAGAUGCCAGAACUCAGAAGUCACGACCACUGCCAAGAGAUGAGUUGAGUGCGCCCGAAGCCCGUGCCUGGAGGCAGGCGCAGCGCUACAGGAAAGAUGAGUGUCGGCAAGGAAGGCUACCAGCAGCCAAGGCCUUACAGCCGCAAGAAUCAACAUCGCAAGUUCCUGCGCCAUUUCCCGAUCAUCUUCGCGUUUCUCAUCCUGGUGACGGCUGGCGGCUGCAUCUAUCGCAGCCCCCAGUGGAUACCCACACAACAAUUGAACGCGGGGCGCAUCAACGCUGCGCCAGUCCUCAGAGCCCGCACCAGCCCAGCAUCAACCGGCAAGAGCCGAGCCGACAGCGCGAAGGGUCCUCCGAGCGCCGCGCUGCCCAGGCGCCCCGAAAAACCGCGCGCGAGUCCCGAUGCACCGCCGCAGCCCGCAACGACUGUGUCGACGUCCGCGCGCGUGGACCUCGAGUGGCUGGCGCGCAAGAUACCGUUCCCGCUGGACCCGCCCAGCGUAGUCGACCCGAGCGCCGACGGACGCCUGGUGCGCCACCUGUGCAACACCGGCAAAGCCGAGCACCUCAUUUUUGUGCACACGGAUCCAACGCACGCACGCGAACGCAAGCUGUUCCGCUCCACCGUGGGUCACCCGCGCAUUGCGUCGCUCUUCAAAUGGUCCAUGCUCUUCCUAGUCGGUACGCGGCCGGACGUGAAUAUAACCGACGAAGCUACGCAGUAUGGCGACAUUGUGCAGCUGCCAUUCAUGGACCAUUACCGAAACCUCUCGCUCAAGUUCCUCUACGGCAUGCGCUGGGUUAUGCUCAACUGCCCCUCGGUGCGUAGUCUGGUGAAGAUUGACGACGACGUCUUCAUACACCCGGAGCUGCUGGACGCAUACCUGCGCACUCGCAUCACUGCUAACGACCGGCGGCUGCACUGCUCCACUUUCCGUGGCAACGCCGUCAUUCGAAACCCUCAUAGCCGUCACUACCUGAGCCGUACCGACUAUCCCAAAAAAUAUUUCCCCAUGCACUGCCACGGCUGGUUCGUGGUCAUCCCGUCGCCCAUCAUGUGGGACCUGUACGUUGCCGCGUUCCGCGUCCCUUUCCACGCCAUCGACGAUGCCUACGUGACGGGCGACCUGGCCAAGACGGCGUCGUUGGGCCAUGCCGACAUCUCGCCCGUGCUGUCGGCCGAUGAGGACAGGCUUCUCGAGCUACUGCGUGGCGAGUACAUGUGCGCCUUGUUCACAGGCAGGACCAAGUUGAACAUACGUGUCACACUCUGGAAGACGCUCACCUUCAUCAAGAAGAGGCAGGAUCUGGAUCUGGCCAUGCAGAGCACGCUCAAGGCCUUUAAGCAGCCGAUGUCUCAGUGAGCACCCGAGUGCCGAAAAACGCAGCCGAUCAACACCGCGAGUGGGCUUUGUAAACGGUUGAGCUGUUUCGUGAGAAGUGCUUUGAUGGCUUCGCAGUGAACACGGCCAAGAGACGGGUGUGCGGGGUGCAUUGUAGACUAGCUAUGGGUGUUGGUUAAAGCGACGACUUAUCCACCUGAGUGCGGUGACAUGGCAGACAAAUGAAGCAGCUUUUCUAUGACAGUAGACAGCGAAGGUAACGCUUCCACCUCAAGCUAACUAUGGGCUUCAAAGGCACAAUUUUGUUACUAGUCAUCGUCUAAUGAAAUAGUUGCUCAUUUGAGUGCUUUGUCACCGUGCGUGUUCGUUUUUAGUCCUGUCACCCAGCGUCUUUUGGCCUUUUGAAUGCAUGUGCCUAAGGACGUGUGUCUUGCGCGCGUGUCUAAGUAACCUAGCGUGUAAGUAGUUAUUUCCUCUGGGAAAAGAAACCCAUGGCUUCCAGGCUUGGUUUUGACAACGACAAGUGGACCAUUUGCGUGAACUUCUCUCUGGUUAGUCCUUGUGGCUUCUAACAGGAAAUAAUUCCCGUUAUAUAGUUUAGACGCAAGCUUGAAAACUGACUCGCAAUCGAAACGUUAGUUUCGCACUUUGGCAGUACGGAGGAGCUUUGCUCAAGUUCAGAGUCUUUUAUCCCUUCUGUAACAGGUGUCGGAUGAUCCCACGUAUAGCAGCUUUCACCAGCUGCGUAGUGGAGGGUCUUCAGUAAGCGCGCAUUGCCCGCAUAAAUGUUCACCCGGCAAAUACCUGAACAGGUAUCACCUUAACAUUGCAAGCCCUUUGGGAGUCGAGAAAUACGCACGCGGCACCAUUUUUCGUUGAGAUGUGUGUUUGCUGUCUAUCUUGUGCUGCGAACUGCUCUUGUUGGCUUCGGACGUUGGGUUUUGCGGCUGUCUUUCCAAGUGCCAGUUGAAGGAAUGAAACUAACCCUUAUUCAUUAUAGUCGUCUUCCCUUUGUAAUUAGUGCAUGCCAUGCGCCAUGAAGUUCAAACUGAACUUAGUGGCUUUCAUAAGCCGUUGAGUGUCGUUAGCAUUGUUUUGUUGCUAUAAAUAUGUCAUCCAGUGUUGUUUUCUAAAGCGAGUGAAAUGAGUCGCGGAGGAGUGAUUUACACAGCUGCAUAUAUGUUUCAAGUGUCCUUGUGCUUCUCACAGCUACUCAAGUCUUUUUGUGUCUUGGACAUCGGACUUUUGAGCGUAUCUAAGACGUGUACGUUUUGAAGUGGUACUCAUUUCAUUUUCGGCACCCUGAGCAAUCAUGUAGUUAGCCGUGGACUUCUUGCUCAAAGACUCAUUUGCUUCGAAAAGUGGGGUAGUGUUCAAUGACUGUUUCCGGCAUGUGGUUCAUAAAAGGCUACAAUGACAGAAUGCUGACAGAAUAUGAAGCCUUUGCGGUGAAACCCUGGAAAAGCCCCAUGUAUUAUUACGUCAUCUUUGCUUAACAAAAGUAUACUUACAUAUGCUUCGAAAAAGCAUAAACGUCGCCCUAUCUAAAUGCA